ACAUUUUCACACAUCAAAAUCAUUUCAAUCUCAAAUCCCCUAAAAAAAUCAAUCCAUUAGGUUUUUUUAGGGGUUUUCAUUUCAAUCAUCAUAUAUACAUACACUUCCUAUAUCUAUACACAUAUAAUAAUAACUAUAUAUAUAUACAAUGAAAUCAGCCCAAGCAUCUUCAUAUAGAGAUCGAACACAUGAGUAUUCAAGUAUAGUUGAUAGGUUAAAAAAAUCACUGCCUUCUUCUUCUUCUUCAAAUGCGGUUGUUCCGUUUAAUAGCAGCGGCGGUUCCGGUAGCGGUGGCGGUGGUUCCGGUAAGGCGGAGGGAUCGCGAUCGGCUAUCGCUUUUCAAUCGGAAUUUAAUAAGAGAGCCUCUAAAAUUGGGUACGGAAUUCACCAUACAUCUCAGAAGCUAGCCAAGCUUGCUAAAUUGGCAAAGAGGACAUCUGUUUUUGAUGAUCCAACUAUGGAGAUCCAAGAGCUGACUGCUGUCAUCAAGCAGGACAUUACUGCACUUAAUUCAGCUGUGGUGGAUUUGCAGCUUGUAUGCAAUUCCCAAAACCAAAGUGAAAAUGUUUCUAGUGACACCACCACCCAUUCAACUACGGUGGUAGACAAUCUGAAGAACCGUUUGAUGAGCACCACAAAGGAGUUCAAGGAUGUUCUAACCAUGAGAACUGAGAACUUGAAGGUUCAUGAAAACAGAAGGCAGUUAUUUUCAGCAACUACCACUAAAGAAACUGCUAAUCCAUUUGUCCGUCAGCGUCCCUUGGCUAGUAAAUCAACCGCCAGUGCAUCAAAUUCUCCUCCUCCAUGGGCUAAUGACUCUUCAAACUCUUCUCCCCUGUUUCAAAGGAAACAUGCAGAUGGUGAAUCUCAGCCGUUGAUACAACAACAAAGUCAGCAGCAACAACAGAUGGUUCCAUUACAAGAUAGUUACAUGCACAGCAGAGCUGAAGCUCUUCACAAUGUCGAGUCAACUAUUCAUGAGUUAGGCAGCAUAUUCACACAAUUGGCGACCAUGGUUUCCCAGCAAGGGGAGCUUGCAAUCAGAAUUGAUGAGAACAUGGAAGAUACUCUGGCAAAUGUAGAAGGUGCUCAAGGACAACUAAUGAGAUACCUCAACAGUAUAUCAUCCAAUCGAUGGCUGAUGAUAAAAAUAUUCUUUGUAUUGAUUGCAUUUCUCAUGAUUUUUCUCUUCUUCGUUGCGUAAAAGAUAUUGUGUAUUUUGUCACUAGAAAUAUAUAAGGAAAAAAACGAGGCUUCUUAUAUACAUUUUGUUGUUUUCUUCUGUGUACAUAUGGAUCCUCUUUUGAAGGAAAAUUAAGUGACCUGGAUAUAGAUGCAGCAGAGUUUUGCUAUCUGCAGAUUUAUGUUGUAUCUACAAUUAGAGCUAUGAAUGGUUUUACUGCA